CUCUGCACUGUAUAGGAUAGACAGCUUCAACACCAUUGGACGCUGGCACAUUCUCUCAGCGUGCUUGCAAACCCAGGCAUAGAAGAGUGCAGUUAGACUAGAGUCGCAGACCGGACUGACCCAGCGGCGCACGGCCAGAAUAUUAAUUUCGCCAGUCAGGCGGAGACGCUUUUAAACAUUGACUGACUGACGGGACACUAUCAAAGAGGGAAUCUCAGUGAGCCUUCAAACGCAGUUUUAAUCACAUUAAUGACUGCUUUUUGAAUAAAGAAACCCGGGAAGACGUGUAGUUAGUUUUACAAUUUACCAACGGGAGACUUGAGAGACACGGGAAAACAAACAUCGUUCAAAGGGAUACGUGAAGCGCACCAUCGGAUCUGAGACGACCUUUCUUUAAUAUGCGAUUUCUGUCCAUUUAAAGAAAUGGCACGCCAACUUUCCAAACCUGAGAGAAAGACCAUGGACACCUGCUUACGACGUUUAAAACAGGAGCUGCUCUCAAUGAAGGAGUCUGGGGACGGCCUGCAUGAUCAGAUGAACAGUAUGAUGGGAGCCCUGCAGGAGCUGAAGCUUCUCCAGCUCCAGAGCGCUCUAGAGCAGCUGCAGAUCUCCGAGAGCCAGAGCCAGCUUCCAGCCACGGAGGAAAUAAAAAACAGGCAGGAAGACUGGAGAGUCCUGAGGCCAAGCAGCUUUCAUACUCCCAGACCUGCUUCUUGUUCCCCAUCAGGGCCUGUAAGCUCCUCAAAGCACGUGCUGUGUGCGAGAGAUGAAGCUGGGAUGAUGCCUUCAAGCGAGGUCCACAGUGGAAGCUCCCACCACGGCAGCCGGGUGUCCUCAGCACCCAGUGAAAAGGAAUCUCCAAGCCCCAUUGGAUCAUCAACUGUGGAUCUUCACAAUUGCCCUCCCCAGGCUGUGGAUCUUCAAGCCAUCAUGCAGAACCUUUCCAGAGAAGCCUCUUUGAUGGAUAAGGGAGUCCCAGAGAGCAUGGAUGAUUCAAACGACUGGACCUCUUCUCUGCUGUGUCAGAGUCGCAACAGGCAGCCUCUCGUUUUGGGGGAUAACAUUUUUGCUGACCUGGUUGGAAACUGGUUGGAUUUGCCAGAGCCAGAGAAAAAGGCAUUGGAGGGAGAAAGAAACGAUCAUCCUUUGAGUGUGAGCAAAUCUCAAGAGAUCAUCAAGAAGUUCUCAUUGACUGCUAAUCUUUUUAAGAAGUUCCUCAGGAGUGUGCGCCCAGACAAGGAGAAACUGCUCAAGGAAAAGCCUGGCUGGAUGUCGGUGGAGGAACAGGGGACAGAGAUCUCCAAAAGACCUAAAAAGUCGGUGAAACAGAAGGGCACUUUCUACCUCCCUUUCUGUACUCAGAGCAAAAGCAGGAAAGUCCCACAGCCUUCAGAAGAGAAGAAACCUGGUACUUACAUCACAAGAGGGUCUGAUGCCGUGGAGAAAGUGCAGCCUGUGUUUGAUUACAACACAGCUGUUUGGGUCUAAUGAAACUACAACCUCCAGAUCUGGCAAAAACAGAUUACUGAUUCGAUACUCCAGUCUUCCAAAUGUAUAUACUGUAAAAUACAAUACUGUCACAAGAGACUACAGCAUCUGCACUUAGGCCUGGGAGUCCGGUCAGUGUUUCUCACAGUAUGGGCAAUAAGAUAGUUCAGCGUGCUGGGAGAUGCAUUGCAUGCUUGCUAAUCCGGUCAGUGUUUCACACAGUAUGAGCAAUAAGAUUGUUCAGCGUGCUGGGAGAUGCAUUGCUACAACAAGAUACUCAGAAGGACUUUUGUCUCAGUGACCAGCACAGAAAGCCAUUACCUCACAAUACUGCACUCAGUAAUCUAUUUAAACCAAGUAGUUAAAGCACAUGAGGAAACAUUGUGACAGGAGCUGAGUCAAUAAGGGCCUUUCCGAUGAUACUGUGACCUUUACAUCAACGUAAAGAGCUUUACCUUUAAGCACUGCAGUAAAUAAACUGUCCUGUAGUCAAUUAGCUGUCCCGUAUGCUGUUAAUGGAUUAUUGAACUUGAAGUUUUCCCAAGCAAGGUAUCCAGACAUGAAUGACAUCUCUGUUAAACUUGGGGACACCAGUUAGAUGUAGGAAGUGGAACGGCUAAAAGUCCUUUCUUGUUUGAUGUUGUCUUCUUUUCGUCCUUUGCUUUUUAAGGAGAGUUGUGGCGCUACAGAAGUCUUAAAAAGUCCGCCUGUGAUCCAGUUACAUGUUAACGGAGGGGAAGGUUAACGUAUGCUCAGCAUGACACAGCAGAGACUCUGGCCUUGAGUCCCACGAACACACGAGCGGAAUUUGAAGAGGGGUUCUGGUGCAUUACAGGGUGUUUGGAAAUCAAGACUACAGUAGAACCUGUCACAGCUGAUUGAACUGGUUCCAGGACUCCAGCCCCAUUUACAAAAAGCAAGGAUCCUCAACUAUAGCAGGCUUCUCUAAUACAUGUGUUGCUUCUUGUCUCCCUUUUCUUUAAUAAAGAAUCACAGCCACACAUUUCACAAGACUUGCUGCUUGUACUGCAGCCCUACAGAACUCCCUCUUCUGCCUUUCACCUUUGCACUCUGACCUUUCACUGUUCCGACCGUCUUGUUCAGGUUCCGGAGUGACGUUCAGUCACCUCCUCUAAGGCCGAUGUAACCUUGCUGGGCAAUGUUAACCAUGAGCCUUUUCAAUCUGUUUCCCCAGACUGUUCAACGAUGCCAAAUGCUACCUUCUGCUCAAACACAGAAUAACAAACACAUUUAAACCUUUUUUGUAAUUCAUGUUUGAUUACCUAAAAAUGUAAGCACAUGAACUGUUUGUGGUACGUUUCUUUGUCCUUUGUACUGUAAAUAAAAUAUGUUUCAUGCAGAUUUCUUUGUUAUCUCGCU